AUGAACAGAAUGGCCAGCUGUAUUUUUUGCAAGAUAAUCAAGGGAGAUAUCCCAUGCUUUAAGCUCUAUGAGACCGAGCAGACGCUCGCUUUCCUGGACAUCAACCCUUUAAGCUCGGGCCAUGCACUGGUGAUUCCUAAGUACCACGGUGCUAAGCUUCUGGACAUCCCGGACGAGCACCUGGCCGAUAUUCUGCCCAUCGCUAAAAAGCUUGCAAAAGCCACUGGCGCUGAAAAUUACAACAUUCUUCAGAACAACGGCCGAUUGGCACAUCAAGAGGUCGAUCAUGUACACUUCCACAUGAUUCCCAAGCCCAACGAGGCCGAGGGCCUCGGUGUCGGCUGGCCCAUGCAGAAAACGGACAUGGAUAAGCUCAAGGCUCUCUAUGAAGAUAUCAAGUCUCGGAUUUAA